AUGAUAGCUGCAUUCAUUCAAGCUGCAAUUAAAACUAGUCUUUUAAAAGAAACAUUAUAUAAAAUAUUCGAAGCAUCAAAAUCUUCUUUACAAGAAAAAAAUCUCGAUUCUAUAUCAAUAAAUAAACUGACAAAAAAAGCAAAUAAUAACGAAAGUCUUUCUGCAACAACUGUCAAUCGUGAACAACAGACAACAAGUCCAAUAAUCGAUCCUCUACUUAUCGCAACUAUACAUGGUAAUACAGGUGCAAUCGAUACAAUUCGUGGUCAAAUAAUUGAAUUAAGACAUGAUGUUGAUCAAUUACGAAUUGAAAUUAAUAAUCAACGAAGAAAAACUCUGGCAUUUAAUACCGAAACUCGUCGUAUAUCUAAACCUGAAAUUAAUACUCUUAAUCAAACAUCAGUUUCUCAUAAUCAUCAUCUUGUUGAACCAGCUGUUACAAGAAAACGCUCAGCAGUUUGUAUUAUAAUUUAA